AGACUGUUCCUGUGGCAUUUAUGGCCCCUGUUUUUCCCUGCUUCCAAAACCUGCCCUUAUUCCGCUUUCUUAAAUGGCCCCCUCUCCUAGAAACCUUCUUUUGGGCCCAUUCUCUCUCUGUCUCUACUGCUUUUUAAUUUCCAUGUUUACCCGGUUUUUUAAUAGGGAAAAAAGACCCUCUCUAUCUGCCAAAACCUGCAAGCUGUUGUUGUAAUAUGUCACCAUUUGACCUCGAGCCCCCUUUCUCUCUCUAUAAUUGCCCAUCCCAACUCAUUCUUUCCAUGAAUUCUCUCUCUACUAUUGUCUCGGGGUGCAAUGAAUAGAGCGAUGCCUUCAGUUCCCCCAUUCUCUCUCUCCUUUUCAUUUGUUUUCUGCUCCUUAUUCUUGUUUAGCAAUGGAGUUUGGGGUGAUGAGAGAGAAAAAGAUCGGAUAAUUAAUCUUCCAGGACAGCCCAAAGUAAGUUUCGAGCAGUUUUCGGGUUAUGUUACUGUGAAUCAGACGCAUGGGAGAGCGUUGUUUUAUUGGUUAACUGAGGCCACCUCCAAUGCGAAUGAGAAGCCUCUGGUCCUUUGGCUCAAUGGAGGCCCAGGGUGUUCAUCCAUAGCAUUUGGAGCUUCGGAGGAGAUUGGACCCUUCCGGGUUAAUAAGACGGGACACAGCCUAUAUUUGAAUAAGUUUUCUUGGAAUAAAGAUGCCAAUCUUCUAUUUCUUGAAUCCCCAGCUGGAGUAGGUUUUUCUUAUACAAACACCACCUCUGAUCUUAAGGACUCGGGGGAUGAACGAACUGCUCAAGAUGCCUUGGUUUUUCUCAUUAAAUGGCUGGCAAGGUUUCCAGAGUAUAGAUAUAGAGAAUUUUACAUUUGUGGAGAGAGUUAUGCAGGGCAUUACAUUCCUCAGCUGGCAAAGAAAAUAGAAGAGUAUAACAAGAUAGCAACAAAACCUUACCUCAUCAACCUCAAAGGCAUCCUUGUCGGAAAUGGCGUGAUGGAUAACUACUACGACAACUUAGGGACAGUGAACUAUUGGUGGAGCCAUGCCUUGAUCUCAGACACCACAUAUGAAGCUGUACUUUCCUCCUGCAACUUCUCAGAGCCAGAAUACUCAGCUAACUGCAAUGGUCUUUUCGAUUAUAUAAGUAACCACGAGUUCGGAAAAAUCGACCAGUACAGCAUCUAUACACCACCAUGUUCAUCUAACGCCACUGCGCUGUGGUUCAAGAAUACAUUGCUGAGGCGUAGGAUCGCAGGCUACGAUCCAUGUACAGAGAACUAUGCAGAGAGAUUCUACAAUAGUCCUGAUGUGCAAAGGGCCCUACAUGCAAAUACGACCCGAAUACCGUAUAAGUGGACAGGAUGCAGUGAUUUGCUGAAUAAGAAUUGGCAGGACUCCGAUUUCUCCAUGUUGCCCACCUACAGGGAGCUCAUCAAGGCUGGCCUCAGAAUUUGGGUUUUCAGUGGUGAUGUAGAUGCUGUAGUUCCAGUAACCGCCACGAGGUUUUCCCUCAGCCAUCUGAACCUUCCAGUGAAGAUCCCAUGGUAUCCUUGGUACUCUAAAGGCCAGGUUGGAGGCCGGUCAGAGGUCUACCAUGGCCUUACCUUUGCAACGGUAAGAGGGGCAGGGCAUGAAGUACCAGUGCUUCAACCGACGAGAGCCUUGACACUAUUUCGGUCAUUUUUGGCCGGAAAACCGCUUCCUACUUCUUAAAUCACCUGAUAAUUGAGAUCAACAAGCUCAUGCCUACAAGAAACAGAUGCCCUCCAUCCAACUUCAUUGUAAACUUCAAAAUUGCAACUGUAUGUUAUCAUUUCUUGGAAAGGAGAAUAUGUAUGUGUUAAUCACAGAACAAAUUGUAUUACUGAAAAAGAAUCAAAGUUACAAUUAGACUGUGUUAACCUUUCUAA